AUGUCUGGUGCAAAGGUGCUGCUGUUCCUGCAGAGUUUGAUGCGCAGGAAACCUCUUGAGCCUGAAGGCGAAGUCUCCAACUUCCGCCGCUGCCUGACCACCCUUGACCUGGUGGCUCUUGGGGUUGGCAGUACACUGGGGGCUGGUGUAUAUGUGUUGUCAGGAGAGGUCGCCAGGACUGUAGCUGGACCAAGUAUCAUUAUCGCCUUUCUGAUAGCGGCUGUGGCCUCCGUCUUUGCAGGGCUGUGUUAUGCUGAAUUUGGAGCUCGUGUUCCCAAAACAGGCUCUGCCUAUCUCUACAGCUAUGUGACCGUGGGGGAGAUAUGGGCUUUUAUUACUGGCUGGAACCUGUUGCUCUCUUAUGUCAUUGGGACAUCAAGUGUAGCCAGAGCUUGGAGUGGGACCUUUGAUGACCUCAUUGGAAACGUCAUUGCCCAUUCUCUGGGAAAACAUGCUGCGAUGGAUUUACCUGGAUUAGCUCCCUACCCAGACUUCUUUGCUGCUGGCCUGAUAAUGGUCUUGGCAGGGAUCCUUGCAUUUGGUGUUAAAGAGUCAGCAAUCGUAAAUAAGAUUUUUACAGCCAUUAACGUCUUAGUGUUGCUGUUUGUUAUCCUUGCUGGCUUCAUAAAGGGUGACAUCUCCAACUGGUACACUAAUGAAGACACUCUCCUUAACAGAUAUGUGACAUGUUUGUUACUUUUCAGAAACAGUACAUUCUUGAAUAGAACCAGCGAAUAUGGCAGUGGAGGAUUUUUUCCUUUUGGCAUCGCAGGAACAUUAGCAGGAGCAGCCACUUGCUUUUAUGCAUUUGUUGGAUUUGACUGCAUUGCCACAACAGGAGAAGAAGUUCAGAACCCCCAGAAGUCGAUCCCACUUGGAAUAGUAGCAUCCCUCCUCAUCUGCUUUCUGGCUUAUUUUGGAGUGUCGGCUGCCUUGACUCUUAUGAUGCCGUACUAUUUGCUUAGUGUUCACAGUCCUCUGCCUGUGGCAUUCUCUUACAUUGGUUGGGGACCUGCAAAGUACGCAGUGGCUGUUGGAUCCCUCUGCGCACUGUCAACAAGCCUACUGGGAUCAAUGUUCCCGAUGCCCCGUGUUCUCUUUGCCAUGGCCAGGGAUGGACUUCUCUUUAGACCUCUAAGUAAAAUGAGUGACAGACAAAGUCCUGUCAUAGCUACACUGGCCUCAGGGAUUGUAGCAGCUGUAAUGGCAUUAUUGUUUGACCUGAAGGCGCUGGUUGACAUGAUGUCAAUUGGAACCCUCUUUGCCUACACACUGGUCGCCAUUUGUAUUCUCAUAUUAAGGUAUGAAUCAUAUCAAGCUGACCUUGGUGAGGAUUCAAGUUUAAGCAAAGCAGAGCCCUUCUCAAUUGGUGGAGUAUUGUGUCCUCCUUCCGAAGCAACCAUAAGGACAUCAAAAAAUGUGUCAAUUUUAACCGUCUCUAUAGUCUUUUUAGCUAUCAUCCUUAGUGUCUUCAUAUCAGGAACCAUAGAUGCCCUGCAGGCCCUUCACUGGUGGAGUAUACUUUGUGUCUUUGUGCUUGUGCUGAUGCUGGUCCUUACUGUGCUUAUCAUUUGGAGACACCCACAGAGUACAACCAAAGCUGCUUUCAUGGUUCCUUUUGUGCCAUUGCUCCCUGCUUUCAGCACAUUUGUAAAUGUUUAUCUUAUGGUUCAACUUGGAUCAGACACUUGGAUCCGUUAUGCAGUGUGGAUGUCAGUAGGUUUGCUCAUCUAUUUUGGUUACGGUGUGCACCACAGUGUGCAAAAACAAAGGCUUGAAGAUUCACAGAACCGAGUCAGUUUUUACAGCAUUAACACCUCUAUGGGACAAAACACUGAACCCCAACAGGAUCUUAAUGGAUAG